UCUUCACGUAGGGAGAACCUCUUGAGGAAGUCAGGCUGUCAAGACCAGCAUAAGGGAAAGGAAAUUCAAUUUAAAAACUUGUAGUCGCGACUGUUAAAAAAACGGGGGGGGGGGGUGGAGGCGGGGAUAAAGGAGUAGGAAAAAUGGGUGGGGGGUGGAGGGAAGAGACUAGUAAAGGAAAACUAGAAGAGGAAGAAAGUAUGCCACGCAGUUUGUUGUUUCUCCUGCUCUUCUCUCGCACUCCCUCCAGAAGCUAGAAAAAGUUUGCAAGCGCAGCAUUCGGGAUGGGCGAGAGAGCUCUUCAUUUAUGGAUCCACGAAAAGAAGCGCCCGCUUCACCCCAACGGAUCCGCGCCGCCGCGGUCUGCCCCUUGUCCGGAUGAUGGAGGGCAGCCGGGGAAACCCAGAGAGGAGUUAGCCCUGGCGGACCCCCCUGGAUCCCGCAGGGGCCGAGCAGGGGCGCGCAGCUUUCUCUCCGUCCCGCAGAGCCUCCCCUCCCUCCCCCUCCCGGAAAGGAAAAAGGAAAGACCUAACCUCUACACCAACCUUACCCCUCCCCCUCUUCCUGGAGGAGCUAAAGCAGAAAGUACCGUUCCGUGAUUCACCGGACAGAAAAGAGGGAGGAGGCGGCAAAGAACGCCUGGUGCCAAAACUAAGUAAGUUGGCAGACAAAACGCACCCAUCUUUCCGCGCCUCGGCCGGGUGCACCAACCCCGCGGAGACCUGGUGGGCUCGGCGUGGAACGGCCACCCGGGCGGGGACCCCGCUUCGCUCCCCCACGCGCUCCAGCGGUCCGGGGGACCCGGUGCCUGACGUUCCUGGAGAAAAAGGGUGGUUAGCCGCGGAAAGAAAUCAGGAAACUGGGCUCCCCGCCCCUCACUUCGCCGCCUAGCCAGAAAAGUGGAGAGAGUGGUCAGGAAGUCAGUCCCCUUCAGGCAGCAGUUUAUCUGCUAGAGCCCGAGCGAGGCGUGGCGGCUCAACUUCCAGGGCUUUCCAGGUGAGGGACGCCGGACGGCGGGUCCCAGCGACCCGCGCGCGCCCGCGAGGGCCUCGCCCCGCAACGUCCAGGGCGCUCUGGCAGGGAAAGCCCCCACGGAAGGUGGCUCUCAGUGCCUUACUAGACUUUUUCUCCCGACAGCUUUUGGAUGGAAGCAUUAACUUUGUGUGGAAGCUGCUCGGGGGAGCGGGGAGGAGGAGAAAGUGAAAAUUGGAGAAGAGCGACUCCUUGUUUUUCCGACGUCUCACCACUUCUAGAAGGUUGACGUUGUUGGAUGUGGUGACAGCUGAGAGGGGCGCAGGACUUCUUUCCAAGUGGAGACGGUCCACCGCCUGCUCUGUCGACCCCUCCCGCGUGCAUGUGGGCGGCGGCGGCGGCGGCACGCGGUGCGUGGUUCUGCGAGUGGAGUCUCAGCCGGGACCCAAGUGAAUGGCCCCCAGGGGCUGUGCGGGGCCUCCGCCUCCCCCGCCUCCUCGAGCCUGGGUCUGGCCCGGAAAGAUGCUAGCCAUGGGGGCGCUGGCAGCCUUCUGGGCGCUCAGCCUCCUGACCUACGGUUACCUAUCCUGGGGCCAGGGCUUGGAGGAGGAGGAGGAAGCGACCUUUCGAGCUCAGUCUGGAGAGACACCGGAGCCCAGUACGACUGCCACCUCCCAACCCCAUCUCAUUUUCAUCCUAGCGGAUGAUCAGGGAUUUAGAGAUGUGGGUUACCACGGCUCGGAGAUCAAGACUCCCACUCUUGACAAGCUCGCUGCCGAAGGAGUUAAACUGGAGAACUACUAUGUCCAGCCUAUUUGCACACCGUCCAGGAGUCAGUUUAUUACUGGAAAGUAUCAGAUACACACCGGACUUCAACAUUCUAUCAUAAGACCUACCCAACCCAACUGUUUACCUCUGGACAAUGCAACCCUACCUCAGAAGCUGAAGGAGGUUGGCUAUUCAACACAUAUGGUUGGAAAAUGGCACUUGGGUUUUUAUAGAAAAGAAUGUAUGCCCACCAAGAGAGGAUUUGAUACCUUUUUUGGUUCCCUCUUGGGAAGUGGUGAUUACUACACACACUACAAAUGUGACAGUCCUGGAAUGUGUGGCUAUGACUUGUAUGAAAAUGACAAUGCUGCCUGGGACUAUGACAAUGGCAUCUACUCCACACAGAUGUACACUCAAAGAGUUCAGCAAAUCUUAGCUUCCCAUGACUCCAGAAAGCCUAUAUUUUUAUAUAUUGCCUACCAAGCUGUUCACUCACCACUGCAAGCCCCUGGCAGGUAUUUUGAACACUAUAGAUCCAUUAUCAACAUAAAUAGGCGGAGGUAUGCUGCCAUGCUUUCCUGUUUAGAUGAAGCAAUCAACAAUGUGACCCUGGCUCUGAAGACAUAUGGUUUCUAUAACAACAGCAUUAUCAUCUACUCUUCAGAUAAUGGCGGUCAGCCCACAGCAGGAGGAAGUAACUGGCCUCUCAGAGGUAGCAAAGGAACAUACUGGGAAGGGGGCAUUCGGGCUGUCGGCUUUGUGCAUAGUCCACUUCUGAAAAACAAGGGAACAGUGUGUAAGGAGCUUGUGCACAUCACUGACUGGUACCCCACUCUGAUUUCACUGGCUGAAGGACAAAUUGAUGAGGACAUUCAACUGGAUGGCUAUGAUGUCUGGGAAACCAUAAGUGAAGGCCUUCGUUCGCCCCGGGUGGAUAUUUUGCAUAACAUUGACCCCAUUUAUACCAAGGCAAAAAAUGGCUCCUGGGCAGCAGGCUACGGGAUCUGGAACACCGCCAUCCAGUCAGCCAUCAGGGUGCAGCACUGGAAACUGCUUACAGGAAACCCUGGCUACAGUGACUGGGUUCCCCCUCAGUCUUUCAGCAACCUGGGGCCCAACCGGUGGCAUAACGAACGAAUUACCUUGUCGACUGGCAAAAGCGUAUGGCUCUUCAACAUCACAGCUGACCCAUAUGAGAGAGUGGACCUGUCUCACAGGUAUCCCGGAAUCGUGAAGCAGCUCCUACGGAGGCUGUCACAGUUCAACAAAACCGCAGUGCCUGUCAGGUACCCCCCCAAAGACCCCAGAAGUAACCCUCGGCUCAAUGGAGGAGUCUGGGGACCAUGGUAUAAAGAGGAAUACAAGAAAAAGAAGCCAAGCAAAAAGAAGGCUGAGAAAAAGCAGAAGAAAAGCAAGACAAAGAAGAAACAGCAGAAAGCAGGUUCAUUUCCAAAUUGCCAUUCAGGUGUUUGCCAUUAUCAUGGAUAAGUACACAUUUUUUCCAAAAUUGGUUAAACUUAAGUCAGUCUUAGUCUUUUAGCUGUUUUCUAGGUAAACCAGCAAAUCUGGCUCAAUAAUAUCACUGUCAUUAGCACCAGACUUAUUUUCAUGUCAUGGUCACAAGGAAAACAGGUCUAUUCGGUGCCAAAGGUGCUACCUUUGCAAGCCACACUUGGAGGAGGAUAGAGACGUUUAUUCCUUUUGCUCCUUUAUGAAAGUGCUCAUUAAGGAUUUCAGCUGUUGUGCUUCAGUCAAGGGACCAAACACUUGCUUUCAACUGCAAUCAAUGAGUAUGUUAAUUUGAUGGAAGUUACAGGGUAGCGUGAUGGAAACUACUUUUGAGUAGUUUUGAGGUUGCCUCCCCUCAAAAGGCCUUGAAAAAUAUUUUUUCUUAGUGAAUUAUUGUAUCUCUAUCUUAUGAUACUUGGUUUUUCUAAAUUAAUUCCAUUUCAUGUAUCAUUUCCUUUCCUGUGAAAAUAAGCUGUUUCCUCCCAUGUAAACAGCUUGCACCUCAUUUUAUCACGCAUGAGGGAAUGGCAAAUAAGAAUGUUUAAGCACACUGCCAAAACGUGAAUGUAACUAUUUUCUAAACACUUUAACAGAAUGACAUUUCAACAUAAAGUACAUAAUUUAUUUUACAGAAAAAAAUAUUGUUUUCAUAAAGUUAUACAAAUGACUUUUAUUUUAUUUUUAUUUUCUAUAUACUGUUAGAAGUUUAUUUCAUGUCUUUAAGAUUACCAAGCACUGUAAUACUAUAAAUUACUGUAAUACUGUGUGAAUUCAUAGAAUAGAAAAAGAAAAUUAGUCAGAAAAAAUGAUAAUCAUCAUUGUUCAACCAUUAUUUUGAAUGUAAAAAGAUGAAUAUAUUCCUUACAAAUUACUUGGAAAUUCAGUGUUGUAUGGGGUUGAGAGACACCUUUAUUGUUUCUAUAAUAAACAUUUUAUUUAUGUGUCUU